AUGCUCGGCUCUCUCCUGCUCCCCUUGGCCGUCGUCGGCACCGCGACGGUCGCCUACCUCUCGUACGCCGUCGUCGACUUCCUCGCCCUCCAUUUCCUCCUUCCGUCGCGUCCGCUCGAGGCCUACAAACGCCGCGGGCCGGGCCCGACCUACGCCCUCGUCACCGGUGGCAGCGCUGGCAUCGGCCUCGGCGUCGCCCAGGAGCUCCUGCGGCAGGGCUUCGCCGUCGUCCUGCUCGCCCAUCUCGAGGAGGAGCUCGUCGAGACGAAGCAGAUGCUCCGGCGGCUCGUGCCCGGCGCCGAGGUCCGCACCGUCGUCGUCGACGCGAGGACGGCCACGGCGGCCGAGCUCGACGACGUCGUCCGGUCGCUCGAGGGGCUCGACGUCUCGAUGCUCGUCAACAACGUCGGCGGCUGCGCCGUGGCCCUGCCGCCGCUGCGGCCCGUGUCGACGUAUUCGACGUCGGACGUCGACGUCGUCGUCGAUCAGAACGCGCGCUUCAUGGCCCGGCUCACGGCCCUCAUGCUGCCGCUGCUGAGCCGCCGCCGCCGGGGCGACGCCGACGAGCGGUCGCUGAUCCUCAACAUGAGCUCGGCCGGCGGCGUCGGCGUCCCGUACCUCGCCGUGUACGGCGCGACAAAGGCCUUCAACCUCGCCUUCAGCCGGGGCGUGGCGAGGGAGCUGGACGCGUCGCCGUCGACGAGCCACGUCGACUGCCUCGCCAUCGUCCCCGGCGACGUCUUGUCCCAGGGCAACAGCAAGGGCGUGUCGAGCCUGGCGCCGCGGUGGGACGACUACGGCCGCUGCCUCGUCGGUACCGUCGACGGCGCCAUCAGGAGAGGCAUGAGGGACCUGAGCCCCUACUGGCUGCACGACCUCGAGCAGCGAAUCCUACCUUGGCUGGACGAGGGCACGAGGACGAGAGAGGUGACCAAGGCCAUGGAGGUGAAGAAGCGUGCCUGGGAUGCCCACCUGGACAAGACUCGGUAG